GGGACCUUGCUCUGCAGAGCGGCUGCAGGGAGCAGCAGCAGCCUGGUCGCAGCUGUCACCCACGGGUGACCGGACGACGUCCGCGCGGGCGGCAGAGGCCGAGCCAGGGACUACACUUCCCAGUGUGCCAGGCGGGCGGGGUGCGGCGGGGAGGGCGCAAGCUCCUUCCCAGCAAAGCGAAGGCGGAAACAAAAGAGCCCGGCGCCGCCGCCCGCACACUCGCGCACCGCGCCCGGGCGCACACGGAGCAGCCCCGCGAGGCGGCAGCCCGGGACACGCGGACCCGCCGCAGCCCCUGCCGCCUGCCCCAUGGCGCUGAAGCGGAUCCAGAAAGAAUUAAGUGAUUUACAGCGUGAUCCACCUGCUCACUGCUCAGCCGGACCCGUGGGAGAUGACCUGUUCCACUGGCAAGCGACCAUCAUGGGGCCCAUUGCUUUCACAACAAAAAUCUACCACCCAAAUAUAAACAGUAACGGAAGUAUUUGUCUUGACAUCCUGAGGUCCCAGUGGUCGCCCGCUUUGACUGUAUCGAAAGUCUUGUUAUCCAUAUGUUCGCUGCUCUGUGAUCCUAAUCCAGAUGACCCCUUAGUACCAGAUAUUGCACAGAUCUAUAAAUCAGACAAAGAAAAAUACAACAGGCACGCGCGAGAAUGGACUCAGAAAUAUGCAAUGUGAAGUUUCAAACACUUUCACUUCCGCCAGAGUACUGUAAAAUCUCUGUCUUUUCCAUCGUUAGCAGUAAGCCAGGUGCCGUUUGCUGUGCCCUUUGUCCCACGAGCCCUUUGGUUUUCACUCAUUUUAAGUGUGUUUAUGAAGCAAGACAAAAAACAAACUUCCAAAAAAAAAAAAAAAAAAAACCAAUACCCCGGAAACUCUGCUGAGAGCAUUUAGCAUCCUGUGCUCAUCGACAAGGACCUUUAUUUCGGUUUCCGAGACCCUUGGACCUCCCCCACAUCUCCAGCAAGAUCUGCAAUGUGACUGAAAAGCAACCAGACGCUUCUCCUUCUCUGAAGUGAGAUGUUUUCACACGGGGAAACACUGUACGUGCCGUCCAAGAUGUCGUUGUUGUCACUUUUAUAAAUCUGAAUUCAGAUCUCAUUCUUCGUUAGCUCACUUUAUAAUUUGUAUUUUUUUACUGUAUAGACUAAAUAUAUUCUAUGUCAACUCCUGAUUCUCCCCCCCCCAUCCCCUGUGAACAGUAUUGAAACCCCCAACAGCUGAUGAUGAAUUAACUGUCCCUCCUCACCCCUUGUCUAAGGAUAAUCUGUGGGUUGAAUGCGUGUAUUUCUUAAACCGGAACUGAUCCGCACACUGUAUUUCUCGGUAUACUGAUUAGGAUGGAGAAACACUUGUUUGAGUUUUAUUGUACUUGACUUAACUUUAUUGCAAUGUGAAUUAAUUGCACUGUUAGGUAGGAAGGUGUGUGACUUUUUUUGUUGUUGCUCUUCACCUCUGACCUUUUUUUUUUUUCCUGUAUAGGCAAUAUUAUAUUGACACCUUUUACAGAUCUGACUGUAGCCUUUUCCAUAUAAAUAAAAUGCUUUUUCUACUA